AUGCCUUUAAAUGCUAAUGAAGUUCUUUACAUCUAUGAGAUAUUCUUGUAUACACUUGAUAAAAAUCUUGAAUUUUCUAGAGACAAUGGUACCAAAUUAAGGGGAGGAGAGUGCUACAUUAAUAGCAAAACAUUUAUAUUUUACCAGGUAACAGAUUGGUUGGCACGUUCAUUUGAUGACUUCUUUGGAAACACAAAUAUUUCUUCUAGUGCCGUUCCUGUGAAGCCACUAGAAGGCAAGUCUGGAAGAAACCGGCAGCAGAAGAAGAAAGACCUGUCUUCUGUGCCAGAAAGUAGCAAAACCAAAGUUCUGCCCAGAAAAAGAGCAAAGUUGUCUUCAGUGGAUGUGCCUUGUAACAAGUCCAGACAAAACUGGAGCCAGUCUCAAGAUGAGCCAUGGGUAGAUAGAUACAAACCUGAAACUCAGAGUGAUCUUGCUGUGCAAAAGAAGAAAAUUGAAGAAGUUGAAACCUGGUUAAAAACACACAUAUUUCAGAGGCAGCCAAAGCAGGGUGGCUCUGUUUUACUGCUAACUGGUCCUCCUGGUUGUGGAAAGACUGCAACUAUACAAAUAUUAGCAAAAGAACUUGGCAUUCAGGUGCAAGAAUGGACCAAUCCAAUAUCUUUAGAUUUUACAAAAGAAGACUUAAGAAAUAUGUUUGGCCAUGACUCAAAUUUUCAUACAUUUCCGAGUCAGGCCCAAGCAGCUCUCUUUCAAGAUUUUCUACUAAGAGCAAAUAAGUAUAACAAACUUCAGAUGCUUGGGGAGUCCUCAGAAAAUGAUAAAAAGCUUGUUCUUGUUGAGGACAUACCUAACCAAUUCUAUCGAGACCCCAGCAGUCUACAUGAAAUUCUCAGGAGAUUUGUUCGUACAAGUAGAUGUCCCAUUAUAUUUAUAAUCUCAGAUAACUUCAGUGGAGACAGCAACCAGAGGUUACUAUUCCCAAUGGAAGUUCUAGAGGAGUUGUGUAUAUCCAAUAUUAGUUUCAAGCCUGUUGCACCAACAAAUAUGAUGAAAGUUCUUAAUCGAAUAGCUGCAACAGAAGCUAGUAUGAACAGAGAAAAGAAUUAUGCUCUUGACAGAACUUCUCUGGAGUUGCUCUGCAAAGGUUGUUCAGGUGAUAUAAGAAGUGCAAUAAACAGUCUUCAGUUUUCUUUUAUGAAAGACUGUUCAUUGGAGAAGGAGUUUUGGUCAAGGAAGAAAAAGAGCUCCGCACUAAAAUGUGAAACAGCAGUAUCUAAAGUAGGAAAGAAAAGUAAAUCUGAUACUUCAGAACACCAGGAAAUACAAGCUAUUGGUGGCAAAGAUGCUUCUAUCUUUCUUUUCCAUGCUCUGGGGAAAAUAAUUUACUCCAAAAGAGAACCAGUGUCAGAAUCAGAAUUUCCUCAGCUGCUGCCUGCUCACUUAUCAGAAUACCGUCGAGACACCUUGCUUAUUCAGCCUGAGGAUAUUGUGGAAAAAUCGCAUAUGUCUGGAAGCAUGUUUAAUUUAUACCUUCACCAGAACUAUGUAGACUUUUUUUCUGAUAUCGAUGAUGUAGUGAGAGCCAGUGAAUAUUUGAGCAGCGCUGAUGUCCUUUGUAGUGAUUGGAGUACACGGCUUGUGAUGGAAAAAUACAGUGCAUCAGUGGCUACCCGAGGGGUGAUACAUUCAAAUACAUCCAGAGCCUUUGCCCACCAACAAGGAGGGAUGGGGUUCCGGCCUUUACAUAAACCCCAGUGGUUCUUUAUCAAUAAAAAGUAUCAAGAAAACUGCCAUGCUGCAAAAUCUCUCUUUUCGAGCUUCUGUUUACCACCUGAGUGUCUUCAGACAGAGCUAUUGCCUUAUCUUGCUAUGUUAGCAAAUCCAAUGAGAAACCAAGCUCAGAUUGCUUUUAUCCAAGACGUUGGGAGGCUACCGCUGAAAAGACAUUUUGGGAGGUUAAAGCUUGAAACACUCACUGACAAAGAUCCUGGGAUACCAGCCAUAUUUGUUAGCUCUGAGGAGGACUGUACUGAUGUGCAUGCUGUGGAGAUAGCUGUACAGAUGGAGAAAACCAGGAUGAAUGAGAAUGAACUGGACGGAUUCCCUCUCUCUUCUAGCCAAUGCAGUGGAACUGAACUACCUUGCAGUCAGCCUCAGCCUGUUGCAGCUCAAGCAAUCAUGGAGGAAGAUGAAUUAAAAAUAGAGGAAUAUGAUAGUGACUGAGUACAACAAAAUAUCAACCAGUGACUUGCCUGAGUAGGUUAAUAUGCUACAAAGGGCUUUGCUAAAGAGAGUAGUCUGCACAAAA